UAAAUAACAAUGCAGCCGUCUCAAAACAAAUAUAUUGUGCGCGGGCCUCAAAGCAUUUGGACUUGAACCGCAUCAGCAGCAACAACACCGUCAGCGGGUUUUUUUUUGUUGCGAAUUUUCCAUUAACUAAUAAAGCUGCGACAAAAAGUUGGAGCAAUUAAGAUGAGAUAUUUUGGCGGCAUUGAAGGCGGAGCAACGCACUCCCGAUUGGUUAUCUGCGAUGAGAGCGGCGAAUCUGUUGGCACCACCAGUGGUUUGGGCACAAAUCACUGGGGCAUCGGCAUACCAGAAUGUGCACGCCGCAUUGUUGAUAUGAUCGAGCGUUGCAAGGAUGAGGCCAAAAUAGCCAAGGACACACCAUUGGCGAGUUUGGGUCUCAGCUUGAGCGGCUGUGAGCAGGUGGCAACCAAUCGCGAGUUGGAGCAGGAGUUACGUAACACAUUCCCAAAUCUGGCUGAUAGCUAUGUCGUCUCCAGUGAUACAAUGGGCAGCAUGUUCACCGCCUCAUCCAUUGGCGGCAUGGUGUUAAUCUCGGGCACUGGCUCCAAUUGCCUGCUUCGCAAUCCGGAUGGGACCACAGCCAAUUGCGGUGGUUGGGGCAAUUUUCUGGGGGACGAGGGCAGCGCUUGGUACAUAUCCUAUCGAGCCGUUAAGGUGGUCUUCGAUGACAUGGAUAACCUUGAGAAGUCACCGGCGCCCAUCGACAAGACCUGGGCUCUCAUCAAAGAGCACUUUAACAUAGAGACACGCUACGAUAUGCUUCCACAUUGCUAUGCCAAGUUUGAUAAGCCCUUCUUUGCCAAUCUUUGUAAGAAACUGGCUCUGAGUGCCGAAAACGGGGACAAGCUGUCGCAGUCGCUCUUCCAGGAGGCUGCUGUCCUUUUGGCACGCAUGAUUAAGGCGCUCUUGCCCAAGGUGCAUAAGGAUUUGGUCAAGUCCGGUGAUCUGAGCGUCGUCUGCGUUGGCUCCGUGUGGAGCAGUUGGAAUCUGAUGAAGGACGCUUUCACCAGGGAGAUCUCGAAGAUGAGCAUCGAUUACAAUCUCAAGCUGGUGUGCAUCACCAAGAGUAGCGCCUAUGGUGCCUGCUAUUUGGGUGCCGACAGUGCCAAAUUCAAUUUGCCACGCAACUAUGCCGAUAACUUCACGAUCCUCCAUACCCAUCCGGUCAGCUGUCCGGCAAACAAUGGUGUCUCAAAGAAGUGCUCUGGCUAGGAAACCAAUUUCAUCUAAAAUCCAGGCAUUCCAGAAUUUACAGUGCAUAAAGAACAAACAUUUAUACAUAUCCAAUAGUAAAAAUAUAAAUAUAACACUUGCCAGAAAGAAGCCCAUUUUCUAAAUUUAAGGGUUUGUUAGAAAUACGUAUGAAAAUUUUAUUCGAUAAAUUUCAUUGUAUUAAGAUUGUGUAUAUAUGUGUGUGUGUGUUUAUGUAUCUUGUAUCUGUUUACAUACGUAUAUAAUGGCGUAUGUAUUGUCAAUUCGGUUUCACAUGCAUAUUUAUUUAGUUUUCUUUAUAUGCGCGCUGGGUAAUUGGCUAUUUCUCUUUUAUUAUUAAUACUUUUCGUUUUUUUUUUCAUUUUUGCCCAUCGUCGUGUCAAUUCUUUGGCUAAUUUGAUUCUCGCAUUAUUAAGCAAAAUUAAUAGUUUUGUUUGUUUUUUUUUUCACUCAGCACUGCACAUACAAUAUUUGAAAUAGUUUAUAAAGAGAAUGCAAUAGAUUGUAGCAUGGAAUUUAGUGGUAAAUCUAUAAAUAUAUAUAGCAAUAUAUAUGUCUAUGUAAUUGCAUAAUAGAAUAUACAUAGUGUAAAGGAUAUAUAUCUCACAACAAAAAAAAUAAACAAUUGUAAUAAAAUCGAAUGUAUUCUCAGGCAGGACACAUA